AUGAAACCCACUAGAAAAAAUAAUUCGCCUGAUUUAUCAGCACUUGCGGAGGAUGAUAAGUUCAUGAAGUCAGGUUUGAAUACGUCCAAAGAUGUGUGCCAGCAAAUGCUUUAUAUGUUGGACAAAGACGGCUCUGGUACGUUGGAAUAUAAUGAGUUUAAAGAGUUCUGGUUGAACUACCAUACAUGGCUGGCGACAUAUCACAUCUAUUCGUAUGGCUCCAAAGGCAUUUCAGUAUUAGAUCUACGGCUUGCGAUAAAUUCCAUUGGAUAUACAAUCAACCACGAUAUACUUCAUAAGUUAAUUGACAGCUACUGCCCUGACGGCGAGUUCAUUUGUCGCAACAAUUUCCUCAUGUGCGCAUUGCAGCUGAAAUCCAUCAAUACGGCAUCACAGAUCUCAUCCAAUGAUCUCGGAUAG